CCGCAUGUCCAUGACCUCCUAGUAUUUGCCAUCACCAUUUACAAUUUACCAACAACUCUUACGAAAUCGCCAGAUACACAAACUUUCAUUACAACAUGGCUUCCGUAUUCGCUAUUGGCGCCGGCGCCGCUGUCGCUGCUUUCCUCGGCCGUGCCGGACUUGUCGCAUGGCGUCGCUCUCGCGGCGGUGUCGGAGCCAUGGGCAAAGCAUUCUACAAGGGUGGUUUCGAGGCCAAGAUGACAAAGAAGGAAGCGACGCUUAUCCUAUCUCUCAACGAGCGCUCUCUUACCAAGGACAAGAUCCGCAAAGCUCACCGAACCGUCAUGUUGCUCAACCACCCCGAUCGUGGCGGCAGCCCCUAUCUCGCCACCAAGGUCAACGAGGCCAAGCAGAUUCUCGAGAAGCAAGCAUCAUAAUUCCAGUGCGACGAAUACAUCAGUAACAGCCCGAUAUGCCUUCUGUGCGAAUUUAUCGAUGCUUGCGUAAACAGUCACGAUACGAACGGCGACGCUGGCACAAUGUACAAAAAUAUUCUUCCUUUGUAUAACUAGUCUUUUCAUAGCGAUGGCGUUUUCCCCGG